GUAAUGCACCAGAAGUUGUUUGCCAACCAACAACAAAAAUCCAAGAAGAAGAAGAAGAAGAAGAGUGAGAUUUCUGCAAGAGUCGAGCUGUCUGCUCUUGACAAAGCUCUGUUUGACAGAGGCUAUUUUCUCAACGUAACAUUUAUUAGUACUUUAUCUAAAUUUAGGCGAGGAAGCGUCUCUAUUGGAAUCUCUGCCUCCCUGCGGACAACCUACAGCUUGACAGAGAAGAUGCCAGCAGCAGAGGAAUCACAUGGUGUCAACAAAGUUGUCGACGACAUCUGUACACUUACUCCAGAUCUGCUGGCUGAGGCUUGUCAGCACAUUCUGGCUUAUCUACAAGGCCACACAAGAGGAGUAGAUUCAGCUGAAAUCUCUGAUAGAUUUCAGAGAGCUGGAGUCAGACUGGAACAUGAAGCACUACAGAGCAUGAUCAGAUAUCUGUUGUUGACUUUCAGGUCUGCCGGGAAGAGCAACCUCUCCGGGGAUGAUCUUGUGUUGAAGCUGGAGGAAAGCAGUAACAAGUGGCCUAAAGCUUCUCUUCAGGUGGUGCACAGGUUGUGGAGUGAACACGGAACGUCAGUGCACGCUCAGCAGGAGCUCCACGCCGUGCUCAGUAUCAGCCAGUUAGUGGACAUGCAGUGGAAGCUCGGCAUGGCGGUGAGCUCUGACACCUGCAGAUCUCUAAACUCCCCGUAUGUGUCUCUUCUCCUGAAGAUUGUUGAGCCAUCAGGACAGAUCAGUCACAGGUCUUUCGAGAUGACCAUCCCACAGUUCCAGAACUUUCACAAGCAGUUCAAGGAGAUGGCCGCUGUUAUGGAGACUGUUUGAUGUUGCAAACACUCUUCAGUGUUUGACACAGUUACUCUCACGUUUACAUGUGAGCUGCUGAAGAACAGCUUGGCACAGGUGUUUGUCUCCUGCAUGUCUCUGACUGCAGAUACAAAUACUGCACAUGUCUUUGCACUUAACAUUCCUCCACAGAUUGAAGCUUGCACAUGAUUUAGAGGGUCAAAUAGUUGAAAAUGUCUAUGUUUACUUUGCCAAACACAAGUGGACUCCCUCCUACCAUUAGCUAUUUAUCUUACCCACAGCACAAACAGUUUCCAGUUAUAAGGUAUAUCUAGGAAAAACUUACACAGACUAAAAACUGUUUAGGGAUGUUUUCCAGCUUUAUUGAAAAAUACUGAAAAGUUUUCUCUUAUUUUCACAUUAAUAGGGGAGAAUUAUUUGUCUGUGAAACGCAACCUCAAGCUCAAAAAAUAAUAAAACUGAGUCAGCAAUUCUCUAGAAAAAACUGAAACAAACUCAGUAAUAUAACCCUCGUGAAUUUGUGAUUUAAUACUAGACCAGCCUUAUUUCAAACAGGGCAGAAGUUAACUUCUGAUCCACAGAUUCUUAUUCUACUGUUAAAGGGAAAGGGAAUCUUUAUUUUCCGAAACCUGAAACUAUGUCUAAAUGAGUCUGUAUCCUCUCGAGGAUAAUCUAGUCCUGAUCUGACAAGACCUAGCAUUGUGAUUCUGGUUCAGGACCUGCUUCGGUGUGGGCUACAGGUUGAUAAAAGUAGUGAAAUCUCCCUUUUUGUGCCUUUUUUUCAAAAUCAGUAUAAAGGUUUUACAGAUCUGAAACAUUGUUUAAAAAAGUCUGUAGACCCUCUUCGUUAAUCUAGUCCAGGUCUGACAAAUCAUACUGCAGUGGAUUUGGAUCAGGACCAAGUCCAAUGUGGUCUAGAGAUGAAAGAAGCAGUGGAAUAUCCCUAUUUGCAUUCCCACAAAUGGAAUCUAAGUUGAAAGAGGAUUUUAGGCACAAGGUAAAGCUUUACAUCAAAUGACUAACAUGCUUCCUGAGAUGCAAAAGACUGAGAAUCAGGCACGUUGCACUGCAAGUCAGGUCAGCAGUAGGUCUGCAAAGCUCUUUCCGACGCAAGUAUUUCGUGCUCACGUUGGCCACUGCUGCGUAGGGUCAACACAGAAGUAUAAACCAGGCUUUAAGAUUCCCUGAACUUUCCUCUAAACAGCCAAAUCAGAAGCUAGCUUAUAUCAAUGCUGAUACUAUAAAACUCCAACUAAUACUCAAAUUGUGCCUCAUUUGUUACAUCUAACAUUACUGUAAAUCGUAGUUGCACUCAUGUUUUUUUUUUGUUACUAACGUAUGAAAAUGUUGCUUUUAGUUUACAUUACCAGAUUACUCCACUGGUACCUGUGGCUCUCUCAAUGUUCUGCUUUUGUGUAAAUAUCUGCAUUAUAAAGUCUUUCUUCUAUUGUUUGUUUUGUCUUUGUUUUAAUAAAAUACAUUCUGUGUGGCUUUUA